CCGCGACAUCACCAUGGGCGGCUUCGCGUCUAAACCGUCCGCGUACGACACCCCCGUGGACGUCCCUUCGAAGUACUUCAAAGACUUCGAAGCGACGCUCCCGUCCAUGCGCGGCAAGACGGUCGUAAUCACCGGAUGCACCACGGGAUGCGGAUUCGUCGCCGCGCGGACGAUGGCCCACGCGGGCGCGGACGUCUACCUCCUCAACCGGCCGUCCGAGCGCGCGGUCGAGGCUGAGAAAUCGAUCGCGAUGGAGGCCUUGAACGCCGUCUCCUCGCCCCCCGCGUCGCCGACGCGCUCGCCCGCGGCCGGCGGCGUCGGAUCCCCGUCCAAGCUCGUGCGAUCGCUGUCCCUGGGAAACGGCGGGGUCAUCACCUCCGUGGACUGCGACCUCGCGGACUUUGACUCCGUGCGCAGAGCGGCGAGCAUCGUCUCGCGGAAGUGCGCGGGCAGCGGCGUGGACGUCCUGUGCAACAACGCCGGCGUCAUGGCGCUCCCGGACGUCGCGACGAAGGACGGGUACGACGUGCAGAUGCAGACGAAUCAUCUCUCGCAUUUCCUCCUCACGCGAGAGCUCACGCCGGCGCUCGAGAAAGCCGCGGAGCUCAGAGGCGAGGCGCGCGUGGUGAACCACUCCUCCGGGGCGCGAAACAUCCCGCGGAAGGGUCUCGAGGCGAAGUACUUCGGCGAGAACGGCGGCGACAUCGGCGGCGACGGCGCGUCGAUGCUCUUCAUGGGCGCUCGGUGGGUUCGAUAUGGGCAGACUAAACUCGCCAACGCGGCGUUCACGGUGGAGCUGGAUCGUCGCUUGCGCGCGAAGGGAAGCAAGGUGAAAGCGGUCGUCGCGACCCCGGGUUUCGCGGCUACGAACCUCCAAGUCACGACGGCCAAGAGCGGCGGGUUCCACGACGCGUGGAUCUUCAAGCGGAUGGCGCAGAGCGCCGAGGACGGGUCGAUCCCGCUCCUGACGUGCAUGGCGUCGCCGGGGGUGGAGAGCGGGGAUCUGUACGAGCCGGCGAAGAUGCGCUUGUACGGACCCGCGAAGAAGUUCGCGUUGGAGAAGACGAGCGUGGACGAGAGCGCGGGGGCGAUGUUGUGGGAGGAGAGCGAAAAGGCGGUGGGGGCUUUCGAGGUGUAAUCAUAGUAAAGGGACGCGCCGUCGGCAGACGAAAGAAGAAAUGGAACGCGAAAGGAAAGGAUGGGAGAACUGCACACGCCAUAGUGUACUCGUACCCAGAGUUGUGCUACAUAACGAAACAAAAGAAUACUGUACGUG